AUGACAGACGGUCGCGGCCAGCAACCUGGUACCUUCGCCCUGGCCACCGCCAUCACACGUACCUGCCGUCUCUGCCGCGAGGAGUCACUGUCACUACUCAAGCAAGGCGGCACGCACUACUUCGACUUCAAUGAACUAAUCAACAUUCCCAUUGGGCACCCUUUCUUCGACACAGUGAGCAGACGCCACGUUGUUAUAAGGCAGACUUCACGGCAAGAUGGCUUGCUUGAGUCAACCGAGCACUUGCUUGCGCGAUUUCCGAAGCUCUCGACGUUGCGUGUCAUUCUUCCCGACGUUCAUGCGGCGAGUUUACGCGGUUAUGGCACCUUUGAGAACCUUGUGCGGAACCCGAAGCUGAGGACGCGGCUGUUGCAGCUGAUUGAGCAUCAGACUUAUAUCAAUACUUUCUUUGACCAGUCGUCGUACCUUAUCGGCGAGGCUCUGAGAGAGACGAUCGAGAAGUAUGCUGGCUGCUGGCGGCCAGGGGUGCAUAUACAGGGGCGAAUAGAUCUGCCCAGAAGCCAGACCGCAUUUGGUCCUGUUAAUUUGCAGGAAUUUGGCGACAGCUACAUUGAUUUGAAUCUGCUGCGUGGCACACGCGCUGUACAGCCGGAUGAGGUCCGGUUCUUGACCUAUCGUGUCAAUGUGGUGACCGGCGAGAAGAACAUCACCUCUGAUGACGGGACGGAGUUUCGCCUGGCUGGCUUGCACGAAAAGAUCCUCGUUAGACGCAUCCCUGCCGAGAUUAUCUCAAGGUACACGAACAAUCACAUAACGCCCAAGUCGAACGCGCUGUCAAUCUUGCAGCUAUGUCGAGAAAUCCGUCAAGAGGCAUUGCCACUCUUCUUCGACAAAGUCACGUUCGAUUGCGCUGUGGAUGAGUUUGGUAGCUUUCCGGAUAUAUCAGCGCCACUAUGGAGUCGUCUGAGGACGCUGCACAUCCGCAACUACCCCAUGCCAGUGUAUGACGACUUUAUCGACCCGUACAUCAAAGAGAACUAUUGGAUGCUCGGCGAAAGGCUCUUCCCAGCUGUGCCGCUCGCCUUCCCUGCCUUGCAACAUCUUAUCAUCUCUGACGAUUAUGCAGUGCCGGUCAUGGAUGUUCACGGAAUAUGGAAGUUUACUACUGGCUUUAAUAUUGACGAUCUGUUGCAGAUCAUGGAUGACCGGACGAUCCAUGAGCAUCCGCUGCGCGUUUUCAAGCUCUGUCUUGAGGCUUUGGUCAGCAGAUUGCGCAAGGAGGCGAGCCGUAAGACGCAUGACAUCCGCAAAGUCACAUACAACGCCAGGCUUAGGACGUGCAUCCACGAGCCGCUCUCAUCUGGCCCUGGAUGCGAAACUUGUUCGACAGAACAGCAUACCACGUACAUGAGAGCCACUCUCGGGGGUGGCGAGAGCAGCAUUCCCGUCGAUUUGAGAACUACAAUGUCGAUCGAUCAGUACUGGCGGCUGAUCGCCACCAGCGAUGAAGGGGUUAUCACUAUCAACAAGGAUGGCGAACAUAAGGAUGUGCCCCUGAAAGAGCUGAAAUGGGAUCGGUCACGCAAUCCAUAG